GAACGCGCCCUCCUCUCUCCCGACCUCACGCGCCAUGACCUCCAUCGAGUCUCUUCCGGCCGAGAUCUUUCUCGAGCUCGCCACCUAUCUCUCUUCACGCUCUGACGUCCUUCAGCUGAGUCAAGUGUCCACGUCCGUGUACGCCAAAGUUAUCCCUGCGCUCUAUGCGGACGUCGACCUUCAUGGCGCCGAGCAAUGCGAACGUACCCUUGGCAUGAUCGAGCGAUGCCCCGAGGUCGCCCGACACGUCCGAAGGCUCACCGUGCAUCCCGAGCACGAGCUUUCACCGCGCCCCCGGGACCAGUACAGGGCCUGGGACAACGCUGGGGUCGUGUCACGCUGUGUCAUGCGCGCUGCCCGAAACCUCGAUGCACUACAUGACUUUGAGUGGGAUGGGGAGGACAUGCUGCCCGACGACCGUAUGUGGGCCGAAUUGCGCGCGAGAUGCCCGUGCUUGAAGCGCGUCGGGACGACGUUUGGCUGCUUCUUGCCCCGUCCCACCAGCAACUUGUUCCAGUUCAGCGAUCUCGUCGGCUUCGCGCUUACGUUCAAGGAUGGCUUUUACGCGCAUUCGCUUCAUGUCCCCAGCCGAGGUGGGUUGCCCGGCCCCCAUCCGCUGCUGCUCCCGAAGGACCAGCACGUCCGCGAUCGCGCUGACGCCGAAGCAGAGAGCGAGCCCGUGUUCACGCGACUUUGGGACAUGCUCACAUUGCGCUGCCCUGCGCUUGAGGCGCUCUGCGUCGUCGGCCAUUCCUCCGAGCCGUCCGAGGCUGCACGUUUGUACGCCGCGCGGUGGCCAAAGCUGCGCAGCCUCACUCUGGGCGCGCUCGUAUGGAAUACGAACGCGCCAGACGUCGUAUCUACCGCCCCGGACUUCAAGGAGUUCUUGGAAGCGCAUCCAACCAUCGAGAGCCUCCAUCUUCUAGGCAAACCGAGCGCCAACCAACUCGACAUUUCCGCGCUAGACCACUCGGCGCUCCCCAAUUUGACCGAGUUCAGUGGGUCGUUCAACCACCUACGCAUGCUCGUGGACCGCACGCCCAGUCUCGCGCCCGAUGACCCACAGGCGCAGAAUCCCAACGCGAAUCCGAACCCGCCGGCGGUUGGAAGUACGACUCUCACGAAGACGCUGCAGCGCGUUUGCUUCCCGCAUGCGAUGCACCUGCGCGACCUGACGCCCCUAACGGUCUCACGCGUGCUGAUGAGCCUGCACGGGCUGACGUCGCUCAAAGUGACGUUCGCGAUUCAAGGCGGCUACGACAGUAACGGCAUCCUCCGCACCAUCGUGGCAUCUUGCCCGCAUUUGCUCGAUCUCGACAUCACCUGCACGACGAAGCCGUCGUUCUUCCUGGACGCCUUCGCGAACGUCCUUCGCGGCCUCACGCGGCUGCGCACCCUCGCGCUCUCCCUCGUGCGCAUGCCGGGCGAAGAGCCCAUGCAUAUCGGCGCGUCCCGCAUCGCGCUCGCCAACCCGCGCCUCCAGUGCUUCUCCGUCGCGUUCAUCCCCACGCAUCCUAGCGCAGAUGCAACCGUCCCCCCGCUCGAGCGCGGCACCUUCGAGCUCGCAUGCGACACCCACGGCAUCCCCAUCUGCAUGCGUGUUGCGCAGUGGCACACCGUGCCCUGGCUCUGGCCGUGGCCCGCGCUGUGGGCCGGGGCCGGCUCGCUCCCACUACCCCCUUCCCUACCCCGUGCGAUGGGCGCAGGCGUGGGCGGCGGCGUCGCAGAGUGGUUUGCGGCGGUUGCAGGCGCACUCGGGGUCGAUACUCCUCUGCUGCUGCUGGAGAGCCGCGCGCGGACGUUUGGGCUCGACAGCGGUGAGGGCGCGGACGGGGCCACGGCGCGCAAGUCCGGAAGGCGGGCGCGUGUGCGGCGGUGGGUGUGCGACCUCAGGCCGAGCGGGCACCCGGACGUCGUGCAGAAGGGACUGGGUGCGCUGUUGGUGGAGCGCAGCCCGGCGGGCGAGGAGGCGCGGUUGAUGGCGUUCUGCUUGUGUCUGCUUGUGCUGACGGUGUGGGCGCUGGUGAGCAAGGCGAUGCGUGAGGCUGUCGUGUGAGGGGUCUCUUGCCGCCUCAGCUGUAUACCUAAGUUAUUCCUCCUUUCGAUGUUCCGUUUUAUACCUCUUUCGACGACGCUCACGACUCUUCCUGCACUAAUUUCUCAUGCUUCGACUUCACGUUCGCGUUCACGCUUUUUUAUUUGCACGACCCCACGUAUAUACAUAUGGACGAUGCCAUCCCACGCAUGACAACGACAGCAUAGUGUGUACUGUAUAGUAUAGUGCCCCCCGACCUGUAGACACGCACCGACCCUCCUCCGCACAUGGACCGUAGAAUAAUGCAGCAUAUGUGAUAUGUGGUUCGUACUACCGUUACGUGCUUAAUGCACGCGCCCG